AUGGCGGCGGCGACGGACGGGGACGCCCCGAUCGCGGCGUUCGCGGUGGCCAAGGGCGGCGUCGUGCUCAAGCACAUCUUCCUCAACGCGCCCCCGCAGGAGGCGACGACGACGCGCGGGGCCGCUGGCGGACGAGGGGUGGAGGACGGGGACGGCGAGGAGGAGGAGGACCCGCCGGUGAUGGUGGGGCGGCACCCCGACUGCCACGUGCUCGUCGACCACCCCAGCGUCAGCCGCUUCCACCUCGAGCUGCGGUGCCGGCGUCGGCAGAGGCUCAUCACCGUCACCGACCUCUGCUCCGUGCACGGGACAUGGGUGUCGGGGCGACGGAUCCCACCCAACACGCCGGUGGAUCUGGCCACCGGUGACACGCUACGCCUCGGGGCCUCUAAGAGGGAGUAUAGGCUGCUCUGGCUAUCGCUGCGUGAGGCAUUUGAGAUGGACGAUCUGCUGUAUAUGCCAUCGCUCCCUGAGGAGGACAAAGAGGAGCCCCAUGCUAAGGAACCAAGCAGCCAGUUAGUGCCUGGGCACAGGGAUUCAGUGGACAUGGAGACCCAUCAGAAUACAAGUGAACAAAUUGUGUCAGAAGACAUUACAUUUCCAGGCAAAGUGGCCCCCUCAGCACCUCCAUUGUCUGACUUUGUUGAUCCCUUUUUUGCGGAAGAGCCUUCGCUUUCCCAAUUUCAUGAGAAAAGAGACAGAGUGACAGAGGAAAAGUUGGUUGACAAGAAUCAAAUUUCAGAAUCUUUUGGUUCAUUGAUCAUACAGGAAAUGGCAGGCACACUGACAAAUGCUGGAAAAUCAAUCCAGUCAGACAAGCAGGAUGCCUCAAACAAAAUGUCCAAGAGGUCCAAGUUGAAGUCAGUCAAAUCACUUCGUGUUGACACAGGCAGGAGCAGGGAUAGAAGCAGCACUCUGAGCCAUAGCAUUCAGAAGGGAGACCAAAAUGAGAUUAUUGUAUGUUCUCAGAGCUGUGGGACAGAAUGCGCUGCCUGUAUAGCUUUAUUUGGUAUUUCUGAAGUUGAAAGAGCUGAAGAAAAGGAAGAGUUGAUUGCUGAAGAUAAGGUUGACAUGAAUCCCCCAGCCAGCAUGAUCAUGGAGGGAAGUAUGAAAGAGAGAGAAACUGAGAAUUAUAUCCCACAAGAUCCAGUUGAUGCAAAGCUGCAGAAGAAACUAGGCUUGUUAGAUUCUGCUCUCCCUUUGCAUUUCAAAGAUGAUGCAUUAACUGACAAAGUAAUUCCGCAAUGGAAUGGUGCUACUGUUCAUACAGAAUCUGAGCUUGUUUCAGAAAAUCUUAUAAUGCCAGAAAUGAAGCACGAUGGUUUGAACCAUCUUAACUUGGAGGGAGGUCUCUCAGAAAACGAGAGUAUGGACCCAAAUAACAGUGCUGAGGGUCCUGGGAACUGUCCGCUUGAAGGCACCAUUUGUGGGAAUCUAUUUGACAAUUUGGAUACUGAAGGAAUUGAAGAAGAUGAAGAGCUCUGCCCACUGGACAAGGAUGAAAUCACCCCCAAUGUAUCAGGUAACAUAAUAAUGGAGAGGAGCCAUAGAGAUAGAGGUCUGAAGCCUACCAUUUCCCAACAGUUGAUGGAUUCCAUUUCCCCUCUCAAUUUAGAUCAUGACGAUUUUUCUGAAAAUGAGAACUCCAAGCUGAACACUGGAGAUCAGAUGAAAUCAAAUGAACCUGUCUCUGAGAAUCUUAACGCAUUAAUGCCCAUUUCACAUCUGGAAUUCAAAGAUGACAUCCUUCUGGAUAUGGAAAACUCGGUGCCGGCUCUGGGAAAGUCUGAGGCUAUGUUCCCUGUGAGGCAGGAAAAUCUGUUCUCAGACAAGGAGAAUGUGACUCCAGCCUCUAAGGUGAAGACCAAUGUUAGGAGAGUUCUUGGUACAAGGAUGGAUAAUUCAGUGUCAGCAGCAAAUGCUUCAAAUAAGAAAAAAGUUCUUGGGUCGAGGGUGGAUAAUUCAGUGUCAACAGAGAAUAGUUCAAAUAAGAAGCAAUGCAGUGAAUUAUCAUCAAAGUCUGAAAAAUUCCACACAGUAGACUUUGAUGUUUUCUAUUCAGAUAAGGAGAAUUUGACCCCUAUAGCUUCAGGAGGCAUGAAAGCAAGGAAGUGUUUUCCCAAGGACCUCUCAGUCGACUUAGAUCAACAUCAGGAAGCAUUCUGCUCAGACAAGGAGAACUUGACACCACUAUCUUCUGCAGCUCUGAAAACAAGGGAUAUGUCUGAAAACCGUACACGUCUUGAAAGUGCAAUCACGAAGAAAAGGGUUGCUGAUAGGCUCCCCUUCCAGACUCUUCUGUCAAAUUCUCCUUUGAGACCUGCUACCUGUGCUGUUGCUAGGCCAGCUGACAUUGCUGCUGGUGACUUGGUGAUCAAGUUGGAAGAUAAAUUCAACAAUCUUUCAUGUAAUAACCAAGAAUCAGGUAGUACUGGACAAGGUAUGAAAACCUGGACCAUGGUGGCUAAUACAGACAGUCUUCUUGAUGACGAAUCUAGGAAGGCUAUUAUGCUGUUAAGAGGCCUAAAAGGAACUCAUCUGUUCAUACCGAGGAUUGUGAUCAGGGAGUUGGAUUCCAUGAAGCAGCAGGAGGGCCUGUUCCGACGGUCAACGAAGGCGACCUCCAUCCUGCAAUGGAUCGAGGAGUGCAUGGCAAUGGAGAGCUGGUGGAUCCAUGUCCAGAGCUCGGCCGACAUGUGCCCGGUGGCGCCAACCCCGCCCGCGACCCCUUCGGCGCAGCGCAUCGACGAGGAGAUCGAGAUCGGCUCCGGUUCCUUUCAACCCGAUGGCGUCGUUCUUCUCCCCGCGAAGCUCCGCGCUCGCGGACAUCGCCUCUCCCAGGCCCGAGGACCGCGUCCUCGACUGCGCCCUCCAGUUCAGCAGGCUCCGGAGCGGCGAGAAGGUCGUCGUCCUGUCCAACAGCGUCACUCUCAAGAUCAAAGCCAUGGCAGAGGUACGGGCUUGCCUUGCGAGGAGGCGAAGGAGUUCCGCGAGUCCCUGAUGGACCCGUCGUCCAGGCGGUUCAUGUGGGCGGCCAGCGCGCCGCGGGGGUCGGCCUGGUCGUGCCUGGACGCGUCCGCGCUGGCGGAGAACUACUACAACAGCCACCACCACGCGAUGAGGCGGAGGGUGGUCCCGGCGAGGCCCGCCCAGGCCGCCAAGGGCCUGAAGCUCAUCCUGCGUCACAACUCCCUGUACGCGCAGGCCACGACGGACGCCGCCGUCAACAAGACGACGCCGCUGGCAUCGCUCGCCUCGGUGUGA